AUGCAGUCGCUGACCAAGUACAAGGAGACGGUUGUCUUCAUCUCCUGCGUUACAUUACUUCUCGGAACGGUGUUGGUGCUUCAAAAGGCGACCACGCCUUCGCGUCAUCGGCGCCGCGCCGCCUCGUCGACGUCGCGUGCAGGCACCGUGGCCCGCUCAGCAAGCCACGGCGCGGCUGGCGCGCGCAGCCGCAGCUCCAGUCGACCUCGCGUGGCGCACAUGAGCCACGCACACAACAGUGCCGCCCCCACGACGACCACAGCAAUCGAUCGCACCCACGCUGGAAAGAGCCGUGAGGUGUCGCAAGCGCACUCUCAUCGACACCACUCUCACCCUCGAAACGGCGCCGUGGGGGUGGAGGCAGCCACAUCUCGUAUCGAGAGCUCGGACGCGACCCCAGCGCCGAAGCUCACGGUAGAGGUAGUUGCGCAACACAAAAAGACUCUGGGCACGGCCAGCGCGCUGCAGGACCCAGGGCACAACGACCUCGCUGGCAUCCACGCUCCCCGCCGCGGCGUUUCGAGCUCUGGGUACCGCGUGAACGGUGGCAGCGGCAGCGGGGAUGAUGGCGCGUACUACCGAAGCGCCUCGAACGCGGCCACUGUGGGGAGCCAAGCUCCAUGCCCGGCGCCGGCGACGGCCGUAGGCACGGAGAGGGUGCCUCCUGAGGCAACGAAGGCGGUUGAAGCUGUGACACCUCGGCUCGCCUCACCAGUGGUUGUCGAGUCUCCGCGUAUAUAUUUUGAGGGCAUGGACAUGAGUCGCAAGGACGAAGUUGACCGCAACCCCUCACCGCAGCCAGCCGCGGGCACCUCGAGACCGGUGAGCAUUACAGCUGCAGCAGCUGCACGGGCGCCAGCAAAGGUGCAGCCGAGCUCGCCCAGCAUCCGCGCUUCCACGACUCAGACGAACCCGCGGUGGUUUUGCGAAGACCGCGGCACGCAGACGGAGACGAGCGCAACACAAGACGCUAUCAAGGCAGAAGCAAGCCCGACGCCAGAUCGGUGGCUCGCGGCGGCCAUGAUGAGUCCCAUCAUGUCUACCGGCGAGAAUGUGAGCGACUCCAUGCCGAUCAAUUGUGCCGACUUGGGGUGGACGCCGUUGCACGACGGCGCGGCAUCAACCGGAGGGGUAGUGCACGCGGAGAAGCGCGGGUGCGAGCACACGCAACCCCCUGUGAUGGACAAGGCAGAGUCUGUUGUGAUCCCGCGGUACUUCCUGCAGCAGCUGGAGCGGCAGCUGCGACUCCUUGUGGACGAUGUGGCACAGGAGGAGUGGAAUGAGCGAGCAUGGAUGCGCUUGUACACGUACCUCUCUGAGCUGCCUUUGAUGGUACGUACAUCUCUGACGUCGCGUGACCACUGCGGCGCUGCCACUGUUGCGCAGCUGGUGGACGGGAUGAGGGCGAACGCUCUCACCAAAGGCAACCUUGUGGAGGAGACAGUGGCGAUGGCGAACAAGGCGGCAGAGCAGGAUCCCAUCCCCAGUCUUCCUCGGGAAGUGCUGCAUCUUCUUCAGCAUAGCACGCCGAUCGACCGCGAGUUCCACUUUGAGUGGAAGGGCUCCACUGUGGCGUACGUCGAGGGUCCAUUCAAGUCGACUUCGCGAAAAGCUCGCAAAUCUGCGGUGGCGAGCAACGGAGAGGUGGACGAUUUUGCGCAUGUGCUGCUGCCCUCCUCGUCGCUUUCCUCGACAUCACGUGCUCUCACAGACGAUGAGGAGGAGAGGUCGUUCAUGGACGACGGCGAGGCGGUGUGCGCCUCCCGCCUUCUGCCCUUCAUUGCGGCACACGUCAAAAAGUACAGCGACCGUCGCCUGUGCGGCGUGGCUACACAAUUUCCAGAACCGGGAACGGGGGAGCUGCGGACACCGCCAGGCGCCAGGGGAGUUGCCCAGGCAGGAGCCUAUGCGCUUUCGACACCGCCGGCGAAUGGGCGGAGCGGCGGAGAGUCGGCGCUGCAGCAGCAGCUCCGUGACCAGCAGGACCAGCUCGCGUCGCUCCUCGCGUCCUUUGUGCGGCUGCGUCACACACCGCUCUUUCAGGCACUUCGCCACACAUCGGAGCACGCUCUGUUUGCCUGCGACUUUAUCGAGCUAGCGUCCGCAGCGGAGCGCCUGCUGGAACGUGCUUCCCCGGCUUCCGCCGCUACACUGCUACUGGAAAUUCCAAUGACAGAGAAGCGCGUGAUGACGGAGGCGACGGAUGCCCACGACACCAGUGUCGGCACAAACACAUCUGUAGGGUCGGGGUCGAGCCCCACGACUGGCCCCAGUGUCCGCCACAAAGCCAGAGUACGCACGCCGAUGAAGCCGAGCAUCCGGCAUCCGAUCCAGCGCAUCCUAUCGAACUUGCCGUCGCCGAGUGGAUUAUCAUCGCGGCGCAGCAUGCAAAUGCCCGACAUGUAUAAGCAGCUGUACUCCCCACCAGCGCACGUCGGCGAGGAGGAACGUGGACGGACUGUGAGCGCUGCUGCCAUGCGGGGUGGUCGACUUGCCGGGGAGACGUGGGCUGUCUGA